GGGGGGUUGAUGGGGAGGGGGGGUUCGAUGGUGAUGGAGCUGCAGGUUCACGGGCAGAGAUACCUCCCUGUGGUUUUUGACAAUAAACUGCAUAAUGGAAGUACACACAGACAAUGCAUCUUCAACAGGGCUUAUUGGGAGCUCCUUGUCUGGAGAGCAUUUCAAGACUGAGGGAAAUUGGGCUGCGAACCACCAAGAACAGCUCCCUUGCAACACAGAAGCGAUUUCUCUUCCCAUCUCCGUAUAUUCUAAUGGCAAAUCAGAUGGAAGAAAAGAGGAUGUAUGACUAGACACCAAAUCAGUUCUUUUUUGUGGAUUACAGUGGCAGUAAGAUGUAUGGAUCUAUUUCUUCCUUGUUCUUAAAUAUAGAUCAUGAGACUUGACUGAGGCAAUAUCCUUAGCAUCCAUCCAUCUAUGGCGAACUAUAGCCAUGCAGCUGACAACAUUUUGCAAAAUCUCUCUCCUUUAACCGCCUUUCUGAAACUGACUUCCCUGGGUUUCAUAAUAGGAGUCAGCGUGGUGGGUAACCUUCUGAUCUCCAUUUUGCUAGUCAAAGAUAAGACCUUGCAUAGAGCUCCUUACUACUUCCUGUUGGAUCUUUGCUGCUCAGAUAUUCUCAGAUCUGCAAUUUGUUUCCCAUUUGUAUUCACCUCUGUUAAAAAUGGCUCUACCUGGACUUAUGGGACUCUGACUUGCAAAGUGAUCGCCUUCCUGGGGGUUUUGUCCUGCUUCCACACUGCUUUCAUGCUGUUCUGCAUCAGCGUCACCAGGUACCUAGCUAUAGCUCACCACCGCUUCUAUACAAAAAGGCUGACCUUUUGGACUUGUCUGGCGGUCAUCUGUAUGGUGUGGACCCUCUCUGUAGCCAUGGCAUUCCCCCCAGUUUUAGAUGUGGGCACUUAUUCAUUCAUUAGGGAGGAGGAUCAAUGCACCUUUCAACAUCGUUCCUUCAGGGCUAAUGAUUCCUUGGGAUUUAUGCUGCUCCUUGCCCUCAUACUCCUAGCCACACAGCUUGUCUACCUCAAGCUGAUAUUUUUUGUCCACGAUCGAAGGAAAAUGAAGCCAGUCCAGUUUGUAGCAGCAGUCAGCCAGAACUGGACUUUUCAUGGCCCAGGAGCCAGCGGUCAAGCAGCUGCUAAUUGGCUGGCAGGAUUUGGAAGGGGCCCCACACCACCCACCCUGUUGGGCAUUAGGCAAAAUGCAAACACCACAGGCAGAAGAAGGCUGCUGGUCUUAGACGAGUUCAAAAUGGAAAAGAGAAUCAGCAGAAUGUUCUACAUCAUGACUUUCCUUUUCCUCGCCUUGUGGGGCCCCUACCUGGUGGCCUGUUACUGGAGAGUUUUUGCAAGAGGGCCUGUAGUUCCAGGGGGAUUUCUAACAGCCGCUGUCUGGAUGAGUUUUGCCCAAGCAGGAAUCAAUCCUUUUGUCUGCAUUUUCUCCAACAGGGAGCUGAGGCGCUGUUAGCACAACCCUUCUUUACUGCAGAAAAUCCAGGUUACCAAGGGAACCUUACUGUGUUAUAUGAGGGAGCAUCUGUAAAUCUUUAGCCUUGUGAAACACUACCCUUCUCUGCUAAGCAAUUGUGGCCUGUAGCCAUAUCUUGAGAAGAAAAGCAAGAAUGGGAUCAGCAGUUGUAAGGAUUUGGGCAACAUUCUGCAGUCCUUGCAUUAGUUCACCUAUAAUCCUAUUUUAAAUCUAAAAGUGUUCCUGCUGACCAUUGGUGAAGGUUUGUAAUUAAGAAAGGACUGAACCACUGCCCUAAAUUUCUCUAUGUGGUUGAAAUCUAGAUCCUGAAAGUAGCAGGUGCUAAGUAUCAGUGCUAAAUGCUGUGUAUAUCACUACAUAAAAUAAGACCAUCAAAAAAGAUUAGCAUUGGACAUCUUAAUAAAUUAAGUUGACAUGAGGUAAAUGUGUUGAUAAAAAAAAAAAAACUAAUUUUAGAAGUUUGAAGACUUUGAAACAUUUCAUACUCUUAUUGUUUUUGCAAAGACUAAUUACUGGGGGACUUAAAGUACUGUAAUCAACUAAAGAUGUGCCAUGCAUUAUUGGAUUAUCACACUUAAAAAUCUGUUUGCCUUGUAAGUUUUGGGGACCAUUCCAAAAGCAGGAUUUUGGUUCCAUUUUGAGUUUACUUCCCGCCCCACUCCCACCCCCAAAUAUGUUACUGUUUCUAAAUGCCAUUUUUCUUACUGGUAAAAUUACUAGCAUUGGACUAUGUUAUGUAGUUUUUUUGUUGAUUUGGUAAAAAGGUUUACUCAACUCAUUUUCUAUUUUGCAAAUACUAGAUAUCUGUCUGGUAGGCAACAUUAAUGGUAAUAUCGAGUCAUAAUUGAGCAGUCAGAAUAAUACAGAACAAACACAUGUUGCCUUAAAGGGUUAUCUAGUAUUUUCCAUUUUAUUUAUCAUUGGAGCAAAUAGGCAAGGAAAAUUGAAUCCGUAAUUCUGGUCAGUCAUCUGGGAGUGCAUGAAAGAUCACUUAAUCCUCUCUUUCCUUUUUCUCCCAUGGUUUGAAAAAUUAGGGUGCACAUCAUUGGGAUAAUGUGAAUCUUUUUUUUUUUUUUUUUAAGGUGUGCUGCCCAUUCUAGUUUGUUCUGAGAAACACAGGCAGUUGAUGUAUGUUUAUAUUUUGAGUCAGCUGUCAUGGGGAGACCGCAGCUUAGUAUGAUAUCUUGCACAAUUUGUGGAGCAUUUAUUCUACUGAAGGCACAGUCUUGUUUAUACUUUCUGCACAUUGGGUGUAUUGGUCGUUUUAAAUUAUUUAAGUUUUAACUUGUGAAAGCUUAUAAUAUGAUUUCUGGUAUUUUAGAAAUACAUUAGAGUCUGUGAGUCUCAUUCUUUAAGAUACAGAUGUGUGAAUUUCAAUAUAAAGUUGCAUUUGCCAAAA